UAAGCACCUGUCACAUGAGGCUUUACCUUUGCAAAUCACCGUCUACCGUAGAGCUAAGUAUGUUUACUUUUCCACACUGCAGGCGUACAUCGGACCAGCCCCUGCAGACCCUGGCACAGUGCAGCUCUCCGUGAGACGAGCUGCCAAAUCUCAUCGCCACCCCUACAGAGCAACUGGCAGCAUCGCCCACUGCCUGCAAUGGCGUUGUAGCGGCUGUAGUGUGUCCAAACCUUUCUGUAGUGGCAAAUCCAUAUCGGACAAUUUACGAGCGUGGGAGAGAUAUGUUUUUGUCGAAAGGUUUUGCAACAACAGCAUCCAUCUUCCCAACGAGUUUAGCCUCUGGAUUACAGUUUGUUUGUAUCAAGCGUCAAACGAAGCCGGAGCCAUGGAUGUGUGAAUGGGCCUAAAUACGAUAAUAUCAAGUGGAUCUGAUUAGGCUGCACAGCGGUAGUUCAAAUUAGACUCCUCACUUCCAGAUUGUAAUGAGGCCACGGCGAUGCUGACACCCCCUCUGAAUCCAAAGACAUCAUCAUGCUGAAGACGGAGGCCUCGGGGGAAAGGACCUGCCUCCGGAGUGCCUCCCCCCACCGAAAUGCCUACCGAGCUGAGUUUCAGGCACUCAAGAAGUCCUUCGAUCAGCCUCGGGUAGAAAGAAACUCCAAGCCCAAAGACCAAGAACGGGUGAAACAGCCAAGGGGCCGGCAGUAUGGCGGCCAUGUCAGUCGCAUUAAGGACAUGUUCAUGCAAAUGGCCACAGAUGUACCAGCCAAGGCUAGUGAUGAUUUAUCACCUCAAAAGAUGGUCAAACCCACCAACUUCAUCAACAAGGCCGAUGGAUCAGUCAUAAAACUCCAGCAUUCCUUAUCAGCUGACAAGGUUGGAGUGUCUGGAGCCAAGUUCUCCGAAACCAGGAAGCUGUUUGAGCAGCAGUCACGGGACCAGUCCCAAUCCCCAGUCUUUGCAUCCGGGCGUGAUAAACGAGGUUCCCAUGAGCAUCUGGAUGACUGGCGAGGUUCCAGGUCUAAUCGAGGCAGCACAGACUCCUUGGACUCACUUUGCUCCAGAACAGAGGUGUCCUCGCCAACUGUCAGUCAACUGAGUGCUGUUUUUGAAAAUGCUGACCAACACAACCAUGGUUCGCACCACAAAGGAGUCAGCAAACGGGCCCUCUACUCGCCAGACAAUUUCAACCGCCAUGGAGGUGAUGUCAGUGAAGAUGAUUCAAGACAAUCUCCAGUACAUGGAAGCUACCGGAGCAGGACAGGGGGAAAGUUUCCUUCAUCCCUGUCCGCUGAUGACAUCCUGAGCCCCAGUCCUGCAACAGGGACUUCAGUGCUGAAACCAGAACCACAUGAGGAAAAAGUCCAGGACAAAGCAGACAAGUCUGAGACUACAAACGGAGGCAGACAGCGUCUUUCAGGGGUCACCACCAAUGGAAGCCAGGCCAAUGGUUCAUGCGAAGAAGAGGAGACACCUUUAGAAAAAAUAAAAUAUACUGAUGACUUCGGGGAGUCCAACACUUCAAAACCUACAGACAAUGCCCUGAUUACUGAAAAAGGUUCUGAAGAUGCUUCCCCUGAGCCAUUGCCAACCCCAAAUACAGCUGCUGUGGAAAGCCAGGAGGAUGGGGAUGGUUCAAGAGAAGAAAAACCCUCUGAAUCUCCCAAGGACCAGGUGGAAGACCCCGAUGAGGAAUACGUUGGGAAUGAGCGGGUGAUUUUUAACGCAGACGGGGAUGCCUGUUACCAGGGCUGGGGGGAAAGCUGCACUGAUCCUGAGGAUGACCUCUACGGAGACGAUGAGGAUAUUGUCUACGACCCGGGAUGUGAUCUGACGGAGAUUCCCGGUCUACCACAUGAAAACAAAGACGACAUCCCUCAGAAGAGGAAGAUUGGUUUCAGCACUGCCCCCAUUAUAGUUUUCAACACCUACUCCAACGAGGAUUAUGACCGUCGUAACGAGGAGGUGGAUCCUGUGGCCUCCUCCGCAGAGUACGAGCUGGAGAAGAGGGUGGAGAAACUGGAGCUCUUCCCUGUGGAGCUGGAGAAAGGUGGGAAAGGAAAUCUUAAGAACAUCGUAAUGCGGAGGUGGAUCCUGUCAGUUACCCAAUAUACCCAGUAG